UUGUGCUCAUAUGACUUCAAAUCUGGUGAAAUCAACAUGGACAUCACUCAUGCCCGAAACUACCGACAUUUCUGUAACAAAGUAUGGCAGGCGUUCCGUUUUGUGCAGACCAACUUGGAUGAGGGCUUUCAUCCAGGGGCUGGCUUGGAGUUCAAGGGAACCUAUUCUGCUACUGACCUGUGGAUACUCAGUCGACUAAGUCACAUGAUCAAGUCAUGUGAUGUAAACUUUGCCACUUAUGACCUGCAUCAUGUGACCAGGGCACUUCACCAGUUCUGGUUGAAUGAAUUUAGCGAUGUAUAUUUGGAGUGUGUGAAGCCAGUGUUCCGGUCUGGGGCCCAGUCUGAGCAGGACAAUGUUAGACAAGUGCUGUACCACUGUGUAGAGACAUAUCUUCGUGCAAUCAGUCCUUUCAUGCCUUUCCUGUCUGAAGAGUUGUUCCAGCGUCUGCCGGCAAGGGGAGACAACUGGCCUGUCAGUGUUUGUGUGGCGCAGUAUCCCCAACCCGAAGAUUACCAAUGGAGCAGUGCUGAUCUGGACAGCACCAUGGCCACCAUGAGGGACAUCGCCUACCACUCUCUGUCUGUCAGGAAAGAGCUGAAUCUGACCAAGACCAGAGCUCCAAACGUCCUGGUGUGUACAGACGCCACCGAGAGACACCAGUUGUCUGACUUCAGACUCAGCCUUCAGACGCUGUCCAGAGCUAGUGACUUCAGUCUGGUGUCUGACAGACAGGGAGUGCCAGAUGGAUGUCUGCAAAUACAGGUGUCAGACACAUGCUGUCUGGCUGUAGUGUUGAAGGACGUCAUCAAUCCACAAGAGCACCUGCCCAAGCUGAAAAACAGACAGCGUAAACUUGAGAGUGAUUUGGAGCGAGUAAACCUGGGGAUGAGUCAGACAGAUGACAAGCUGGUGACACACAAACUGGUGGAGAAGAGUCAGAAGUUGAAAGCUGAGAUUGAAAAGAUCAAGAUCUAUAUUUUGGCUGUGGAAAAUCUACGAUGAUAAGCAAAGCAAGAUCUUGAACAUUCUUACAUCACAUCCUGAAAAUUAUUUUGGAUGGAAAAGGCACAUUAUCAUGAGCAUCACAUGCUCCAUCCAAAUUAUCGUCCUCGAUGAUGUGGGUAUUAUAUCUCUAUUCAGUCAUGAUAUAUAUCACCAGCCUCUUUCAGCCACAGAUCAUGUUUUUAGCCCUGGUGACAUGACACCGUGAUAAAUUAGCAGUGUCUUCCUUUGUUUGAGGUGACGCUUUGUUUGUGUUUGUGUCAGGACUGGGCCGAUUUAUAUUUACCGGUACUACGUCGUAUCCCAAUUGCGUAGAUCGAUGCUCAUGCUCUUGAUCACUGGAUUGUCUGGUCCAGACUUAUUUACAGACCGCCGCCAUAUAGCUGAAAUAUUGCAGUGUGCGGUGUUAAACAACAACCAGCCAUCCAUUAUAAUUACUAAUUAACCAUCAAGGGAAAGCAGUUUUGUUGUUGAUGAUGUUAUCUAUAGGAAUGUAAUGGAUCUGUCAGUUUUUUAAAGAUAAAAUAGUAGGCCAGUUUUAUUAUCUAAAUAAUGCACACUGUUGCAUCGAAGGUGAAAGGACAUUCAUGAAUACUCCAAGUUAUCCACGGUUCGACACAACCAAAAAGUGCUGAAUAAGGAGAGAAUAUGAAGAGAAAAUUAUUCUACUUUGCCACAGAAGCAUUGUAAAAUGGAUCGCCAUAGAACAAAAGACACCAAUAAAUAUUUCGUGUUUCUUGUUGAAACUUUCCAAAGUUUGCAAUAUAAUGUCAUGAAUUCAUGGAAAGAUAUGUGGGUAAACUGUGUGAGAUUCAAUGUCACGUGAUUGGGUAGCAAAGCAAUUAUCAACAAGGUGACAAAAACCAGCACCACUUGUGGCUAGCUGUUUCAACAUCAGCUGAUAACAGACUGGGCGGAACCUGUUGCGGUAUUGCACUGAUGUUAGUUAUUUCAUAUUGUUGUCUACUUUUUGUGUGUAUAGAUUAAAUAAACUGUUAGUAAACUA